AUGCUCCUUUCAGGCUGUCAAGCCCCAACACCACCUUCGGCCGCUGUUUCUCCCUUCAGUCCUGUGGAAGGUGUUGUUCCCACUGGGGCCUGCCAGAUUGUGAAGUCCCUUCCACAGUUGCAUCUUGGGAACUUUCAUGAAAACCUGCUGCUAACUGUCACAGGACCCCAACCACUGACUGUGACUUUCAGGGGUUGUGUUGUUGGUCCCAAAUUACACUUUGAUGUUUCACAGCUCAAUUUUGGAGAUGUAGGCUUUGGUUUCCCACUAACAGUGAAGUGUAGCCUAUUCAACGACUCCUCUGUGCCUGUUACCUUUGCCCUGCAUGUCGAGGGAGACGGCUUGGGGUCUCCCAGUGUUACUAGUCUCAAACAGGCGUCCAAGGUGUCCAUGAACAUUUGGGAAGGCAGUGCUGCUGGAGAUCUUCAUGCACGGCCUGUGGAGUUCACCGUCACACCCCUGCUGCGGGCUCUGUGUGUUUCCUUUUCAGGUGUACCAUUGAGUUCAGAAGAGCUUCCUGUGUUUCUGCUGGCUAAGGCCAUUGGAAGGCAACAGCGCACUCUACGCAUUGCUGUGUUUGUAGCUUUCCAGCCACCCCUGGAGUGGGAUGGAGUGAACAACAGAGGACUGAUUGAUGCUCCUUUCAGGCUGUCAAGCCCCAACACCACCUUCGGCCGCUGUUUCUCCUUCAGUCCUGUGGAAGGUGUUGUUCCCACUGGGGACCUGAAGAUGCUGAAGAGUUUCCCACUAACAGUGAAGUGUAGCAUUCAACGACUCCUCUGUGCCUGUUACCUUUGCCCUGCAUGUCGAGGAGACGGCUUGGGGUCUCCCAGUGUUACUAGUCUCAAACAGGCGUCCAAGGUGUCCAUGAACAUUUGGGAAGGCAGUGCUGCUGGAGAUCUUCAUGCACGGCCUGUGGAGUUCACCGUCACACCUGCUGCGGGCUCUGUGUGUUCCUUUUCAGGUGUCACCAUUGAGGUGAAGCUGUGCUCCAACACAGUCAGAAGCUACAGUCUGGCGCUGGUGGUGGAUGUUCAGGGUGUCGGGAAGAAAAUCCUAACUCUGCCUAUCAUAGCCAGGUGUGUUGUUCCUGAUAUUGUGGUGGAGACUCCAGUCUUGGACUUUCAAAGGUGUUUCCUAAAUCACCGCUAUGAACAGCAAGUGCGGCUGACCAACACCAGCACUCUGCCUGCCUGCUACGGCAUGCUGGACCAGGAAUAUGAGGAGAGUCUGCCACUGCUUUUUGGCAGUUUCAAACCCAGAGGAUUGAUUCUUCCUCACAGUUCAGAAGAGCUUCCUGUGUUUCUGCUGGCUAAGGCCAUUGGAAGGCAACAGCGCACUCUACGCAUUGCUGUGUUUGGUAGCUUCCAGCCACCCCUGGAGGUGGGGUUGUCAUGUAUUGGGCAGGGACCAAUAGUUCAUGUUCAGAGCCCACAGCUGGACUUUGGCACAAUCCCGGUUCUGACGGACAUAACUAGAACGCUGCAACUGUCAAACCAGUCACCUAUUCCAGCCCACUUUACUGCUUGCAUGCGCUAUGGAAAGUCCUUUGGCCGAGUUGAGCCCAGUGAGGGGGAAGUGCCACCAGAGAGCCAGCUUGAGCUGAGAAUAGUGGCACACCUGGAGGACACACUUCACUUCCAACCCAUGCUGGAAAUAUCCAUCCAGGACAGUCAAACACACACUGUCCCUCUGUUUGCCACAGGCACUGGCACCACGAUUGUCAGUGACAAGCCUUUUGCUCCCAACCUUGACCUAGGCACAUACUUCAGCCCUGGGUCAUGCCAGUACCACUUCAAGCUGACCAACCGUGGGAAGCGAAUGCAGCUGCUUCACUGGCGGACUGAGGACUUCCUGCUCUCCACAAAGACUCAAAAGGGGGGACAUUUGUCCGGCCGAUCCAACCUGCCCUCCAUCUCAGCUCAAAGUAAUAAGGAUAUUCAUGGUGACAUGGUGCUGACGGGAUCUUCAGACUCAUCAAAAACUCGAAAGGGGGGAAACUUACCUGGCCGGACAGUCUUGCCGUCCAUUUCUGCUCCCAAGAAGAAGGAUAUUCCCGGCCGUGUAUCUUUGCUCUCCUCCAGCAGAGAGAAGCCGGUGUUCAGCCUCACACCUUCUCGUGUGGAGCUUUUGCCAGGCCGCUCUGUUGACAUGGUGCUGAUGGGAUCUUCAGACUGCCCCAAGGUUGUACGAGAGCGUCUGGUGUGCCGUGGCAUUGUGGGUCGCCAGGGUUGUAAUGAGCUUAUCAUGUCAGUAGAUGUUACCUGUCGCUUUGUGGCUCCUAUGCUCAGCAUUUCCUCCAAGCAGCUGAAAUUCUACACAAAGAAGGUCCCAGGAGAGAGUCUAAAGCCACUAUAUGAGAAGCUGAUCUUCGAGAAUUUGUCGUCUCUGCCUCUAUCCAUGGAGCUCUCGCUUGUAGAGCCGUUCUCUCUGUGUGAGGCCUCGGGAGCCCAUAGUCCAGCUACCACUAUGUCCAUGGUUGUAGGUGAGGGGAGGCAGGUGAAGUUGUGGGUAGGCUUUAAUCCAACUUACUGUCAAGAUCGGGUGUCACGAGUCAUGGAUGAGUUACUUAAGGUACACUACCCAGGACACCCACAGCAAGAGACGGUGGAGCUGCAUGCUGAGGUCCACUUCCCUAACCUCCACUUCUCCUCCACCUUAGUGGACUUUGGCUGUGUGCUCAACUGCACAAGGACUCGUAGAACAAUCUCCAUCACCAACUGCUCCCCCCUUCCCGUGUCCUACCACUGGGUUUUCUUGGAUGACCAGAAACACUGUACCAUCAGAGAGACAGAGAUUCUGGAGGCAGAGAAGGAGCAGACAACUCCAGAAAAUGAGGCUGAAGGAGGACAGAGUUCCUCCAGAACACUUUCUCCUGCCUUUUCAGUUCCUCUGAGCCCCAGACCUGGUGCAGAUGAGCAGAGCCGCACACAGUGCCGUCUGGGUGUAAAAGAGGUGUUUGAUAUCGUGCCGAUUUAUGGGGAUCUCCGACCCGGGGAACAGCAGCAGGUCAUUUUGUCUUUCUAUGGCCACGAAAAUGUCAGCAGAGAGGCGGUGGCACAGUGCCAUGUAGAGGAGGGGCCUAUGUAUGAAAUCAAACUCAGAGGAGAAGCUUCGGUAACCAGCUACAGCCUUGACUCAACCCAUAUUGACUUUGGUCUGCAGCUGUUUGAUCAUGUAGCAGAAGCUGCUGUGACCCUGACAAAUACUGGUAAGGUGAGCUUCAAAUUUAGCAUCACACACCCUCAAAGGGUAGAUGAAGAGGCAGAGGAGGAGGCAGAUGAGGAGACAAAUGAGAAAGGACAGGAGAUCCAACCGGGCCAACCCAUAGUCAUCCCCACCGUGGGUCACAUUGAUGCUGGUGCAGAGCAACUUCUGCAUGUUCGCUAUCUCCCGGGCAGCCCUGAAGUAUUUGAGAAGCGGAUUCAGCUGCAGGUAGCUUUCCUGCCACAGCAAGACAUCCUGCUGACUGGAGAGGGAGUGUUCCCAAGGAUCCGCUUGAACUUGCCUCAAAACCUGUCAGAGGAGUGCUACAGUGAUGUGGUGCAGCAGGCCAGAAGAGCUGUGGAGAGGGAUAGAGUCAGAGAGGAGUUAAUGAAUGGAAUUACCGCUGGUGGAGGUUCAACAACCAAGGCCAACUGCAGCCUCACAUAUGAAGAGCUGCUUCACAUGGAGAUUGAGAAAACAUUGGUGAAACAGAAUGCUCUCGCUGUGACCAGUAGCCUGCUGGAGCUCAGCGACUCGCAAGGUUCCUCCAGAAAGUGGCACAAACUGAGCCAGUUCCUGCUCCCAUGCUAUGUUUUGGAUUUUGGUUAUGUCAUUCCAGGCAAAAUCUUCAGUCACACUGUAAAUGUGACAAAUACUGGGUCAGUGGCUGUGUCCUUCUGUCCCAAUGGCAAACUUCUAGCUGGCACAGGAUUCAGUGCAGUAUUUGAAAGAGUGAAGAACCUACCCUGCGGCGAGACACAUACUUUCACAGUUAAAUUUGACCCCCAAGGAGCCAACUUGAAGACAAGGGACAUAAGUGUUGUUAUGCCAAUACAGGUCACAGGUGGCCCAAUGGUCCAGGUGCGCCUGUGUGCGGUUGUAACUGUGCCGGCCAUCACUGUUUCCACGGAUAAACUGCUGUUUGACACUGUGCAGUGUAACAUGUGUCAGAUCAAGACAAUACAGCUAUUUAAUCAUGAGUCUGUGCCCUGCUACUGGAGCAUAGCUGAGAAGGGGAAGCCUUUGAAAAAGGUUUCGCAGAAGCAGCGCCCACCUCCAGUGGUAUUCAGGAUGAUUCCCAGUUCUGGCAUGCUGUCCCCUGGUGAACGAGUCAAUGUCCAGAUAAGGUUCAGUCCUGCUGAGGGGAAUGCUUACAAUGUGCAGCUAGUGGUGCGAGUGGCUGAAAGCACCGAGCAGGUGUCGAUUACCGCCCAGGGGCAGGGGGAGGAGCCAAAGCUCCAGUUCUGCCCUCCGGUGCUGGAGCUGGGGCCUUGCCUGCCCGACACCACUGAGGUUGAAGCUGAGGUCAUCGUCAAAAACCCCUGCUCUUUCCCCGUUGAGUUCUACUCCCUGGAAUUUGACAAACAAUAUCUUGAGGAAGAAAAGAUGCUGCGUCUGAUGCAGGGUUAUGAUGAGAACAACAUUUUACUGUUGCCUCCCAGAGCCCCUGGAGAAAGUCUUCCCACCGAACUGCUCGACUACUACAAGGAGUACUGCUCGCAACUGAAAGAUGAUGCAGAGCUGAAGGAAGCCUUGGAUGAAAAAGAAGAGUUGGGUGGCACACAAGAGGAAGAAAAGAAGUCAAGACAAAGCAAUGGGCACAUACCAGAUAGCAAAGUGGAAGAAAUACAAACUGAAGCUGUGAAACCAGUUGAAUUGCUUCUUUCGGAGAUGACCAAUGAGGGAAGCAGUGGGACACUGGGGCAGCUAGAGAUGACCCCCGUCUCCAGAGCAAUUGCCCGCCACAUGUGUGUUGAUCUAUCACCUGAGGGCCUGGCUGCACGCAACCGCAGAGGCAUUGCUAUAAUUGUAUAUGGAGCCCCACUGAUAGAUAGGAGCAGCACAGUGGCUGCUCUGGCACAUCACUACGGAGUGGCGCACCUGAGUGUUAAUGCUGAGGUUACAGAGGUGCUGAUAAAUGGUACUUCACCUGUUAGCCUGACUGCAAGACAACUCUGUGACUGUGCUGCUGCUGUUGACUCUGCUGGUGCUGCCUUUGGUGCUGCUGCUGCUGCUGCUGCUGAUGAGGCUGCUCAGACCACAGAACCAGGACCUGCAACACAUCUUGAAGCCUCCGAUCCAGCUGCACAUUCAGCUCGAGCUUCACAUGAUACUGUGGAAGUUCUUGCCAAACCCAGUGAGGACAGCGGCAGUAGAAAUGACUCCAAGGCUACUGAGGUGACUGAAAACACACCCUUUUCCUUUUGCCUGGGAGGUGGUGUGAACACACUCAGCAAUCUCUUGCCUGAACAGCUACUGGUUGAUAUCCUGGCAGAAAGAUUUCUGCGGAGCGAUUGUCACCGCGGCAUCGUGAUUGAUGGCCUUGAGUCUGUGUACACUAAGUCAGAAGCUAGCACACUGCAAGUGGUUCUCAAGGCCCUUAAUAACCGCAAACACAUCUAUGUAGUCAACUUGUCUGACUCCUACGCUGCCCUGAAGGCACGGGAGAGAACACAGAGAGAAACUGAGGAGGCUCUGCAGAAAGAGAGAGCUGACAGAGAGGAGCAGUGGCUCCAGGAGCUGGAUGAUGAUGAGUAUGACGCUCUCCCAGAGGAGGCAAUAGAGCAUAUCGUCCAUAGAGACAGAGAGAAGCGCAGGCAGCAGAAACUCAGGGAUCUUGAGCAUAAAUCAAAAGAGCAAAAAGAAAAGAAGCAGGAGGAGAUGAAAAGGUUGAGAGAAGAAGGAAAGAAGGAUACUAAAGACAUGUCAAAGAAGAAGACCUUGCUGGUGGGAAAGCAGUCAACAGAUCAAUUGGAUGGGCGGAAGAUUUCUUCAUCUAACAACUCUAAAAAGACUCCAGUGAAUGCAAAAGAGCAGAAUGUUUUAAAUAAAGUGCCUUAUAUCAAAGAGGCAGAAAAUUCACAGACAGAAGAAAUCAAUGCAAUACAUGCAGAGUCUCCUCAAUCCAUGGACGAUCUGGAGAAAGAAAAGUCCAUUGAGGAUGAGCUGCAGUCUCAGUUUACUGUGUAUGAGCAAAGCCAGGACCAGGUGGAGCACAUCCUGCAAAACUGGGACAGAGCUCAGGGCUUGUUGCUUGUCCCGCUUCCCACUGAAGAAGCCCCAGCUGGGUCAGAGGAUGCCACAACAGAGAAGUCCCCCAUUGGCAGGAAGACCAAGAAAACCAACAGCAAGAUCAUGUCUCCAAUGCCCAGCCAGAUUGCAGCACCAGAUGAAUUAGACAAGGGUGGAGGCAAGGUAUCUCCACUGAACAAUCUACAAGACUUCAUCCCUCACAUUGUGCUGAAUGUAACAGGGAAAGACUAUCCGAGUGCCACAGAGCUGCUCAAAGGAAGCACCCUGCCUUCACUGGUCGAGGUGUUGGAAGAUUUGGGGUUGGGACCCAGCGGCCCACCCAUUCCUCCUCCCACCAGCUUCUCUAUGGUUCCUUUUCCCAAAAACAGGGAGCAGUCUAACAGUCAACUCACCUGUAACUGUUUCACCUUCCUGGUCCCCUCAUUGCUGUGUGAACAGGGUGCAAAAAAGAAAGAUGCUAGGAAAUAUGUGCAAGCAUCAGUUGCAAAGGAUGAGGCAGCAGCAACACUUUCCAAAAGCCACACCAAGGAGAGCAUUAGGGAGAGUGCAGCAACAAAGGACAAAGAGAAAAAAGGCAGAGAGAGUCAGAAGAGCAAGAGGCAAACUUCAGACAAGACAAAAACAAAGGUUUCUGACCGGCCUUCCUCCCCUCCUCUACAUAUCUCCUCCACAUCUGGCCACCCUGAACCAGACCAACAUCAAGGAAACUCAGAGCUGAAACGCAACCAGAGCCUGACAACAUUUCGCUGGAUUGUACCAGCCAAUGGUGAGGUGAUUCUGAAGAUUUGGUUCUACUCAGCCUCCCCAGGGAAGUUUGAACAGACCUUCAAUUUUGAGAUACUGGGGACCCAGAGACACUAUCAGCUCUUCUGCAAAGGAAUUUGCACCUAUCCCUCCAUCUGCAAAGACUACAUGACUCUUUUUGCCCUCAGUAAGAAGGUACCACAAAUGGAAGAAGGGCUCCAUAAGGUUUACACAAUCAAACCUGGGUACUUUGAGUUUGGACCAUUACUCUGUGGCAAGACCAGAGACAGAUACAAGGAAAAUAGGUACCCCGAGAACAUGGAGAGACUAGUAAUUCAUAACAAUUCUGAACUGGAGGCUGAGGUCCAGUUCAGUUUCCAGCAUGAUAGCCAAGCCACCACAUAUCUGCUGGAACCCCCAACCAUGACCCUCAACCCUGACCAGAAACAGGAGUUGGCAGUGUGGGCCUACCCAACCAAACUGGGACAGAUGAAGGACAGCAUUGUGUGCUCUAUCAAGAACAAUCCUGAGCUUGUCAUCAUCAACGUCUCCUGCUGGGGUGUUCGGCCAGAGCUGGAGCUGGAAAGCAAGCAUUUGCACUUUGACCGGACUUUGCUGCACAGGCAGGAGAGUCGUAGUGUGACGAUGCAUAAUAGGACAGCUCUGCCGGUAUCUUGGCGGCUGCAGGGUGUGGAGGAGUUGGGUGAUGAGUUCAGUUUGCUACAGGAGGAGGGCAUUAUCUCAGCAAACUCCUCUUUUCCCUUGAGCUUGCACUUCAGGUCCAGGAGGCCACUCAACGUUAAGAAGAUCUUACGUCUGGAGGUAUCCGAUUUGGAGAAGAUUCUAGGCGUUGUACACACAGAAAACAUACAGGUCACAGCUGAAGCGUAUGACAUAACUCUGGAUAUCACACCAGAUGGAUGUCUGGACUUUGGAACCAUUAAAGUCUUUGAAGAGGCCAAACAGUCUCUCAGGCUGAAAAACCAAGGGAAAUAUGAAAUAGCUUACAAGUUUACAUUUCAGCGGACUGAUCCAACCCAGCCAAACCUAGACUCCAUUUUCACGGUGUCCCCCCAGAGUGGUACUUUAUUGCCCCAUGAUAAACUUACAACAGUGCAAAUCCUCUGCAGGCCAAAUAAAGAAGUCCUAAUUAGAGAGGAACCUGUCCUUCCUUGCCAGGUGAUUGAACCCAAAAUUAGGAAUGGAGGAGAACCCAUAGCCAUCCUAGCCAUCAAGGUUUCAGUCAAGGCUGUCUUCUCCAGGUACAAAAUCACACCUGCAUGCGACAUUGACUUUGGCCCAGUGGUCUAUGGCUCCAAGAAAAGCCAGAGCUUCACUAUAGAGAACAAUGGAGUCUUUGACAGCCGGUUUAUUAUUUGCCGCAUGACCACUGACCCUGCGCCACCAGGGAAGCCAGGGUGUCCAGGGAGUAAGAUUCUUCAAGAGGGCCAUUCAGAGAGACCCACUGGAGCCAGUAGCAAAAUGAGACGCGAGUCCUUAUUAAAAGACAUGAAUAAUACACUGAAUCGCCUCACCAUGGGGCCGUUCUCAGUGUCUCCAUGCACAGGGUGCUUACAGCCAGGGUCUCACCAGGUGGUGACAGUGGACUGUGUUGCUGAACAGCUGGGCAUCUGGAACCAGGGUUUGCUCAUUGACAUCAGUGACCGUGACCCCUCAGACCAGCCUGAUGGCAUACCGUACAGGCUGCUGGCUGAAGUCUGUAAGCCAGGUAUAGCAUUAGACAUGGCUUCUGUCUUCGAGGAACACCAUCUGUGCCACAGUAGUAGUCAGCUGUCCUCUGAGCAGUUUUGCAGUGCUGAGAGCAUUUACGUCCAGGAUGAGAACAAGUUUAUUUUCAACAAAGUCCUGGUCAGACGAACUGCCGAGGCACGCUUCAAACUCUACAACAACAGCAAGGUGCCCUGUGUGCUCAACUUGGCUAUCAAAUCGGUUGCCACUAAGAUGUCCCGUAGCGUAGGCGGCGUGGGAGUUUUUGAUUUGUCUGCUACAAACCUGAGCAUUCCCAGCCAGUCACACAUGUUUGCUGUGGUCACCUUUACACCCCAGGCAAUGCAGCAAUACAGUGCUGUAUUUGAGGUCACAAUGGAUGUUAUUAGCAGAAUGACAUCCACAUUCAAGAGCAAGGUGCUAGAGUUUGACAUAGUUGGAGAGGGCACUUUACCCAGUGUGUGUGUGGUGCGUCCAGCUCUGCGGAACAGCAGAGGAAACCCAAUACUGCAGUUCAAACAAGUAAUGGCAGGGCGCAGGCAUACCCGGCUCCUGGUGCUCCUAAAUGAUGGAAAUGUUCCAGCUCAGGUCCAGAUUGACAUGCUGGAUAAACAUGGAGUGUUCUCCCUCAAAGCUGCUCCUGGCAACACUUGCAGCUCGAUCCACUCCACACAGAUUGAGGGCACCGCUGACACAGAGCGUCAGUUGGUUCACAGAGCCACCCUGAGGCUGAAUGUUAACCAGCAGGUGGAGUUUGAGGUCAGCUUCUGCUCUAACAAACCCCUGAGUGUCAAGGCCAAGAUGUCACUGCAGGUGGAGGACAACCAGUACAGCAACACCGUAAUACAAGUGACCGGAGAAGCUUACCAGGGAAUUGUCUCUCUUGACAACGUCGGCAGACUAUUGCAGAAAAUAGAUCAGGGAGAUGAGGAGGGAGGUAAUUAUGAGCUGCUGAAUUUUGGUGACUGCCAUGUUGAUUGUCCCUACCAAGAGAGUUUCACCAUGACCAACCUGGUCAGCCAGGCAGUGAGGUUUGAGUGGCCUCCCGUCGGACCCCAUGUCUUCUUUUCACCCCAGGUGGGACACCUUCAUGCUGGUUGUUCUAAGGAAGUGACUGUCACCUUUUACUCCAAUCAGCCAGUGACUCUGGACAGACAGCCAAUGAGAUGUAAGGUUAGUAAGGUGGAGUUCCUGCAGCCACUAGAGCAGGUGGCUGACUGGGACGACCGCGAGAGGACGCUGCAGUGGCUGAGUUCUGUCAAGCAGGCCUCAGUAGCACCACAGCCGCCUGGGAACAAUAAGGUGAUAAAGACAGAUCCUGAGCCGUGCUGCUCUGUGGUUGAGGGCUCCCAGAGGGAGUUGGAACUGUGUAUCAGCGCAGUUUGUGACUAUGUAAAAUUCAGUUGCAACACCAACACCAUCCACUUCAAAGACACUCUGCUUUACCAAACCAGGCUCCACCAACUGCAGAUAGUGAAUCAUGGCACUGUCAAACUGGAAUUCUCCUGGCAAGUACUCAUGGAUCCAAAGAACAGCGUAGUAAAUGAUGACCAAAGAGAUGGGACCCUCACCUUACCUGGACCAGACAGCAAGUCAACAGAAGUGUUAACUGGAGCCUGUCCUGCCAGCGCUGUGGCCAGCGGGUCGUCUCUUCUGAUGGGAAAUCCUGAGCUCCCGCCCAUCAGCAUUGAGCCCAGCAUAGGAGCCUUAGAGCCUGGCGCCGUUCAGAAUUUCAGUAUUUACUUUUCACCUCUGGAGGUGGGCCAGUUUCAGGGCAGGCUGUUCAGCAGUAUCCCCAACUUGCAGGAUGGGGAUCAGGCUCCCUGUGUCUCUGUGUGUGGCCGUAGCCUGUUGCCCCACUGCCACUUUGGCCUUGAGGACUCAGACUAUAUCAGUGGGAACCGUCGUGACCCUGGAUUCAGGCGCCCUGUCGACCCUAACACCAGGGUCAUAGAGUUCAACUCUCUUGGCUUAUCUGUGCCAUCAACAAGAUGUUUUAGUCUGUUGAACCCAACCAGUAAACCCUACUCAUUCAAGUGGAGGUGUGAAGACACAGGUGGCAGCCCAUUCUGCUGCCUCAAUCCAUGUGGUACCAUCUUGCCUGGGAAGAAAGUGGAAGUGUGUUUUGAAUUUGUAGCUGAGCAGCUGGGUACGGUGGAGUCAUUCUGGAGCUUUGUGAUUGAGACUCUGUCCUUGUCUGUUCCCAUCCUGUGUGUGGGCACUGCUAAAGAACCACUUGUCUAUCUUAAUAGACCUCACCUUGACUUCGGAGAACUGCUUGUUGGUCAAAAAGUGGAACAGACAGUGGAUCUGGUGAAUGGAGAGGAGGAGCUCUUCCACUUCUCUGUUUUGCAGUCGUCUCUUCUCUGCGACGACCAGCAGUCCAGCCUCAUUUUGCAGCCCAUGACUGGCACAGUGGCACCCAAAGAUAGGUUGCCACUGUCAGUGUCCUUCACUCCUUGCCGGGAAGGCUUUGUGAGCUUCAAAUUAGUUGUGAGGGUGAAGAAGAAGUCAGAGCCCCUUGCACUCACAGUUAAGGCAGAUUGUUUCAGCAUGAGCACUUCUAUUCAAGUUGAGAAGCCAGAAGGAGGCCUCAGAGAGAUCAACCACAAAGAUACUCUGGACUUUGGAAAGGUGUGGAUUUCAGAGCAAUCUACCCUUAAUUUGCUGGUCUCCAAUCUGUCAAGAUUCUGCCAGGAAGUGAACUUUGACCUUACAUGUCCCAGUAAGCUGCUGCAACACUUACAAGUAAAGCCACAUAAUGAUACGAUUGAGGUUGGGAAGCAGCUGCGAUCUUCACUCUUCUUUUGUCCACGGAGCGUUUGUAACCUCCGGGACGUCAGACUGAGUAUCAAGGUAACGCAUGGGCCAACAUUUACAUUUGCCAUUGAGGGCAGGGCUGUAGCACCUAGCCUUGAAUUCUCCUUUAGCAAGUACAACUUUGGCAGGUGCUUCCUGUACAGUCCGGGCAUGGUGCCGGCCUCCCAGACACUAGUAAUCAGCAACAAAGGCGAAAGAGACAUCAGUGUCCAGUGUCAGUUCAGAAACACCCCUUACCUAGAGAUGGACUUCAAACCGGAGAUUUUGUCCCCCGGCGCUGUGAUAGAAGCACCAGUCAAAUUCUAUCCUCGUGAGGAAUGCCGUUACCAUGAAACGCUCACCUUCAUCUUAAACAGUUGUGUCACCAAACACGUGGACAUACUCGGGCAAGGCAUUAAGAUGAAGCUGGAGGUGGAGCAGCCCAGGCAGAGGAAAUUGAUACUGGGAUCUCUGAUGUUGGGUCAGACGGUGAAAAAACAAGUGGUUCUGGUCAACCGCAGCCCUUUAGACCUUUCCUUCACUCUGCUGCUUAACACAAACACACCACUGGACCCAAGGGAUCUGUCAUUCAGUCCUGUAGGGGAGCUGAACCUGAAAGCCAGUGUCGGUUCAUGUAAUGUUGAGAUCCAGUUCUCACCUCAACAGCACAUACCUCCCUUCUCCGCUGAGCUGCAGGCAGAGUUUGCAGGCCUGUUACACCCCCUGUUGACCAUCCAAGGCUCCUGCCCGGGUGUGGAGGUCCAGCUGGACCAGGACCACCUAGCCUUUGGAGCUGUUGUCCAGCGCUGCCAAGCCAGGAAGAGGAUUUUCAUGAUCAACACUGGGGACAUUGGUGCUAGGUUCCAGUGGAAAACAGAGAGUUUUCCUCCGGAGUUGUCCAUCACACCAGCUAAAGGCUAUAUCUGUCCGGACAUGGAGGUUCCUUUUGAAGUGAUGUUUGCCCCUGUAGAACUGAUUAAUGACACAAGAUAUGAGAACCUGUCUUGCUUUGUGGAGGGCUCCUCCUCACCCGUUACCCUCACUGUAACAGGCUCCUGCAUCAUCACCACUACCAAAGAGGUGGUGAAUUUUGUUUGCCCAGUACGUGGCUCUCAGACCCAAACCCUUACGGUGUUCAACCCCACACUCCAGCAGUGCAGCAUCAGACCUGUCAUCAAGGGCAAACAGUGGAGCGCUGCGCCCCUGGUGAUCCUUGACCCCCUCCAAAACAAAACAUACGAGAUCACCUACCGACCACUGUCCAUGACUGCUGAUGGAAAGAAACACCUGGGAUCAGUCUUUUUCUCCUUCCAUGAUGGGACAGGCGUACUGUACUCCCUGCAAGGAACUGCUGAACCUCCCAAGGCAGAGGACACCAUCGUGCACGAACUGCCUGCCAAGACUCACCACACAGAGUUUCUUCCUGUGCACAACUGGCUCUCCAAGCAACAGCAGUUCCGUGUGCUAAUAGAGAUCCUGAAACCUGACAAGCCCGAUGCUACGGUGUCCCUCAAGGGUCUGGAAUACAUUGAUGUCCCUGCUUUGGCCAAGCAAGACUACAAGAUGUCUUUCUUCACAUACAAAGAAGGGCAGUACAACACCAAGGUGACGUUUCGUGAUGAGGUGUCCGGUGAGUACUUGUUCUACCUUGUUAGCUUCAAGGCCACAUCUCCAGGAGUCGUGUCCACCAUAGAGCUGGUGAGCACCGUCCGCUCCACAGCCUCGGCGACCAUACAGGUGGAGAAUCCCCUGACUUCAGCUAUCUGCCUCACCACUGACUGUAAAUGCCUCGACAUCAGUGCCCCACCUCAGCACACUGUGCCGGGACAGUCCAAGGGCUCUCUGGGGAGUACUUUCCCCUGCGUGCUGGCGAGUCUACAGCCGGCUCCUAAUCUGUUUAGUAAUGAUCUGGGCUACUUCCACUACGAUCUGCUUCUCAAAGCUCUGCCUCCCGCAAGAGAAACCCGUCCACUUCAGCACUUCUCUGGGCAGCAGCCACUCUGUUCUUGUCAAGUUCAUCAAAACUCCCGCUACAAACUGAGUACACAUGCAAGACUGAUUGUCCAGAAUUCAUGUGGACAGUCCAGAGCCCAGGUGGGGCCAGAUGCCAGCGUGGAGAACAAGCCAAACUUCGAGCCCAAGAAAGCCGAGCAGCCGAACCCCGUAGCCAGUCAGGACAGCGAGUCCGCGACGGCAGCACAGUCCGGAAACAGCGGCGCCCAGCCCGGUGGAAUCGACGGGCUCGUCCGCUGGAUAGUCACCAAAAUGAGCGACAACAAGAACAUUCCAGCCGGGAGUACGCUCCAGCAAGGAGGAGGUGGCGUGGUCAGGAGCAGUUUUCGCCCCGGAGCCACGGAGAGGCAUCUCCGUUAUUUGGAUUUGUACAGUUCUGAUGGCAUGAGGGACAAAGGAGUCCUUGAGUUUUGUGGUCCGGACUUGGGAAGGAGAGCCUUCCACUGA